GACUGAUUGACAGAAAUAGUAAACGUAACAACAUUACCUAAAUAGUAAUAAAAGUUCGCGUAAUUAUAUAUAUCCGAAAAUGGAAUCGAAGGUUUAAACGAUACAACUAAGUUAUGAGAAAAGGUAUCUAGCAAUACUGGAUUGAAUAUAUUUUAUAAAAAAUAUAAGUUUAUGAUAUUCUCAGGCGUAAACUUACCGAUUUAGACGAACAAUCAUAAAAAUGGACGCAAGAGCGGCUAAACUGGCUUUAGCUCGCAAAAAGUUAAAAGAUCAUCAAGACAAGAAAGUAGUCCUUAAAGAAGGAAAUAUAAUUCAAGAUGAAACACAAUCUAAUAAGGAACCACAGUUCUAUAGUGUGCCUGAUACCCUUACAGUUAUAAAUCCUGAGGUUGUAGAUGACAAUCAAACAAUAAAUCAGGUAUAUCAAAAUGAAAAUUAUAAAUUGGAGGCUGUAAAUGUAACAGGCCCACAGGUAAAUGUAACAGAACUUCUUGUGUCAAGUAAAAGAGAUCUGGAAUUAAAAGUGAAUGAGCUGCAAUUGAAGUUAUCCGAGACAGAGACUGAGUAUGCUGCAGCUGCUGCCAGUCAUAAUUUAUCUAAACAACAUAUUAACAAUUUAGAAAAAAAUCUGAAGAACUUGAAUGACAAAUAUGUGGCUGCAACUGAAGAUAUUUUGUCAAAAGACAAACUUAUUGAAAACCUCUAUGCAGAAAAAAAAACAUUAACUGAUAUUAAUAACAACAUGCAAGACCAAUUGGAGUUUACAAAAACUGUUCUUACAGCUAAAGAAAUUGAAAAUGAUUCACUCAAUAGUCAACUUUGUAAACUUCAAAAUCAAUUGGAUGCUACACAAUUGCAUUUACAGCAAAUAACAAAUGGUUCAGCUGAUUGUGUUACCCCCAGAGAUAAAAAAGAAAAUAGUGAAAUAAAUGUGGCAUUGCAACAAAAAAUGUUGAACCUUGAACAACAAUUAAAGACUUUACAGAAAGAAAAAGACCAAAUAAGUUCACACUAUGAACAUUAUGUUAAUGAUUUGAAUUCCCAGCUAAAAGCAGUUUUAACAAAGAAUGAAGAAUUAACAAAAGAAGUUCAGGACUUGACCAACCGAGAAACUGGGCUUGUUGAGCAAAUUGGUGAUAUGGAAAUUCGGUUACAAAACUACUAUAUACUUAAAGAAGCUGUGGACAGUAAAGCAAGGACUAAUAUUGAUAUAAAUGAACUGCAGCAAAGUUACAAAAAUACCAUGGAAAUGUUAAAUGAACUAAACAUAAAGUAUAAAGAGCUUCAGAAAUGUUAUUUAGAGAGUGAAGCUAAAGUCAAGGAGUUAAGCCAAGGGAGAGAGUCCCAAUCAUGUACCCAUGAUGAAAUAAGCAUCACAAAACUAACAGCAGAUAUAACUAGUGAUAAAAUUGCUGCACAAAGAGCUACUGAGCAGAAUAGAAAAUUGAAAACAAGUGUUCAAGAUCUUGAGGAAGCUUUUAUAAAACUGAGUCAAGACAAAUUGGAACUGGUUGAAAAAUUAACAGCAGAAAAGUAUUUGAACAGGGAGCUGACAAUUAAAUUGGCUGAGUUUGAAGAAAAGGCAAAAGAUAUGCAUAUUAAAUUAAUGGCCAAAGAUGAAGAAAUGAUAAGGCUACAAACAAGAUGCAGGGAAUUGGAGAAACAUCUUACCAGUGACGUGAAUGUCAUUGAACCCAGUGAAGCAACUGAAAAUGAACACAUUCACGAAGCAGAGGGAACAUGUGACCAUGACCACCACCACCAUCAUCAUCAUCAUCAUCAUAAUAAUGUUGAACAAGAGGAGAAUAAAUAUGAAGUUGAAGAAGCAGUAGAAGGUGCUACUAAGGCUUCAUCAGAAACAUCAAAUGAUUCAAACAUUCCAAAAGAACAUGCCAUGUUGAAACUUCAAGAAAGAUUUCUCAAAAUAAUGGCAGAAGUUGCAGACCUAUCAGAUGAAAAACACAGACUCGAACAUAUAAUAAUGCAGUUGCAAAAUGAAACUGACACAAUUUGCGAGUAUGUUGCACUUUAUCAACAACAACGGAGCUUACUGAAAAAGAGAGAUGAAGAAAGAAGUGCUCAGGUUAAAAUAUUCCAAGCCGAGUGUGAUCGCCUGAGAAGGCAGUUAGAGGAGCUGGGAGCUAUACUUAUGCGCUUUGCUGGAGAUGCCCAACUGUCUUCAUAUUUCCAAGAUGAAGCUAAACAGGCCAAUAUGGCCAAGGUAAUGGAUUUGCUCACCAAUUUGAAGCAUAACACAUUAAUCGAUCCGAAAAAGAUAAGUUUAGACCUAAAUAAUUUCCAUCCUUGUAGUUGUUGCUCCGGUCAACUUAUAGAAGUGUGAUUUUAUUUUAUUACAUGAUAUGUAUAUUAUUAUAAUAUAACGCGGUAUAUUAUAUUAUAUUUCACUUUGUAAAGCAAUAAAUUACAUUUAUACAAUACAUAUUGUUGAAAGUAA